AUGUCUGCCGUGCAGCCUGUCGCCGUCUAUGCCCUCCGGGUUCCUCCCGGUGCUAUGGUUGCCGCCGUACCCAAUGCCGCCGCAUCGUUCCGUGUGAGCAUGGCCGCUAUCGACCCUGAUGAGGCCCCCGAGCUCGAUGCCGAUAGUGAGGCUGGCAAGCCCUCUCGCGCGACUCUGAAAAUUGUUCGCCCUCCUCCCGGCCUUGACUUUGAUGAGGAUGAUGAGGACUACAGCGAUGAGGAGGACGAUGAAGAAGAUGAGAACUCUGAUGACGAGGAGGUCAACGGUGGUCCCAGCGACAAGGAGAAGGCUCGCAAGCUGAAGCAGGCCGCCGUCCAGAAGGAGCUGGCUGAGGCUAUGGAGGAGGACGACGAAGAUGAUGAGUCUGACGAUGGUGGCUUCGACCUGAAGGCUGCUAUCUCCAAGCUUAUCAAGGGCAAGGGCCCCGCUACCGAUGAUGACUCUGAUGAUGAGUCUGACGAGGAACUCGACCUCGACGAGAACGUCCUCUGCACACUGAGCCCCGAGACGAACUGGCAACAGCCCCUUGACAUCACUGUCUGCGAGGGUGAGCGCGUCUUCUUCAAGGCCACCGGUAACCACACCAUCUACAUCACUGGUAACUACGUCAUUGGUCUCGACGAGGGCCGUCCUGAGUUCGAUGAGGAUGAGGAUGAUGAGGAUGAGUACGAUCUGUCUCCUGAUGAGGAUGAGCUCGACAUGGACGACAUCAUGGCCCUAGACGGCGACGACAGCGAUGACCUGGAUGAUAUGGAAGAUCCCCGCAUCACCGAGGUUGACAGCGAGGAGGAGGCCCCCAAGCUGGUUGAGGCCAAGGCCAAGGGCAAGAACAAGCGCGCUGCUGAGGAGGAGAGCCUCGAUGACCUGAUGGCCAAGACCGCCAAGGGCAAGGCUACCAAGGCCGAGGAGAAGGCUCAGCAGAAGAAGCUCAAGAAGAACGACGGCGCCGCCGCCGCCGUUGAGCCCAAGAAGGAGGCCAAGACCGACAAGAAGGUCCAGUUCGCCAAGAACCUUGAGCAGGGUCCUACCCCCUCCGGCGACAAGCCCACCGGCACUCUCGGAGUGAAGGAGGUUCGGGGUGUCAAGAUUGAUGACAAGAAGCUCGGCAAGGGUGUUACUGCUAAGAGCGGCAACACUAUCGCUAUGCGUUAUAUCGGCAAGCUCGAGGAUGGCAAGGUCUUCGACUCCAACAAGAAGGGCAAGCCCUUCACCUUCAAGCUCGGAAAGGGCGAGGUCAUCAAGGGUUGGGACAUUGGUGUUGCCGGCAUGGCCCCCGGUGGUGAGCGUCGCAUCACCAUCCCUCCCCAGCUGGCCUACGGCAAGAAGGCUCUUCCCGGUAUUCCCGGCAACUCCAAGCUCAUCUUCGACGUGAAGCUGCUGGAGAUCAAGUAA